UUGCUUACACCAUAUCGGUAUGCGAUUGACGUUUUACUCUACUUGCCUAAGAAAUUGUUAUUAGGAUCAACUUUUAAUGCAAUAUUUUACAUACAAUAUUAUAAAUAUCUCGAGAAAUUUUUUUAAUUCACAAUUUUUUUUUUCGUCGUGUAUCGAAAUGUUUUUACGUGUAAACUAAAUUAAACGUUUUAAUUAACAUUACAUUUUUCUGCGGAUAAAAUGUCAAAACUUUGCUGGAGAAACCCCGUUAGAACACGCGAUGACGUUGCGACGAUGACUUUGUGCGAGUCUUCCGAAGAGAAGGCAUCUCUGGUAAAGGUUACUGCGUACCGAAGAGCGAUAGAUAAUUUGGAAAAUGACAGAAAAUGGAAAAGCGAUACGGCUGUGGGAAAAAGAAUUGGGCUAUACAAAUUGAGUGGAGAACUAGGCAAAGGCAAUUUUUCUCAUGUUAAAACUGGAUACCAUGAGUUAACGAAAGAACGAGUAGCAAUCAAAAUAUUAGACAAAACCAAGUUGACGGCGAAAGCGAAGAAAAUGCUUUCUCGGGAGAUCUCAGUUAUGGAAUCAAUCUACCAUCAAAACAUUGUUCGAUUGUUCGAAGUAAUCGAAACAUACACAAAGUAUUAUUUAAUUAUGGAACAUGCGGCGGCUGGAGAGCUAUUUAAAAGGUUGAUAACCGAAGGCAGAAUGCAUGAAUCGGAAGCGAAAAACAUUUUCGCCCAAAUCGUGUUGGCCGUCAAACACCUGCAUGACCGGAACAUCAUUCACAGGGAUAUCAAAGCAGAAAAUAUAUUCUUAAGCUCUAGAGGCGUCGCCAAAUUAGGAGACUUCGGUUUCAGCAUUACCGUCUCAAACAACGAAAAAUUGGAGACGUUUUGUGGAUCUCCGCCAUACGCAGCGCCCGAACUGUUCCUAGACCAGCGUUACGUUGGUCGCCCAGUUGACGUGUGGUCGUUGGGAGUACUGUUGUUCUUUAUGACUACUGCCACAAUGCCCUUCCUUGGUGACAAUAUGGCCGGACUCAGAAGGUCUAUACUGGCGGGGCAGGUUGAGACUCCUUCAUGGAUAUCUCAAUCGUUAAAAUCACUUAUAGAAUCUAUGCUGAACACGUCACCCGACGACCGUUACUGCAUCGACCACGUGCUGAAGUCCGACUGGCUGAAAGAGGCGUCCGCGUACCAGAGUCGGUUCAACAACAACUCUGUGUACGGCCAUUGGUGCGCUUACCCGACACCGCUUACCAACAGCGACGGCGGUAACGUUGAAGUCACCGACACCGAGUCGAACGCCAGACAGGCGCUGGAAGUGCUGGGCAUAUCCAGGACAAUGCUGGACGAACACGGUCCCCUCGGGUCCAGGAGCAACGUAGUGGCCACGUACCGGAUAGUGGUCAACAGGCUUUUGCAGCAGCGCAGGCUCGUGGGACAGCAGAACCAGAGCUCAGUCGGACCACAGUCUCAGCAGGCAGCCGCCGCCGCGCGCAAACCGAUGAAGAUCAAAUCCCGUCUGUGCGCCAUAACGUGACCGCAGCUGCACAUGCGCGUUCCGCAUUCGUGGGCAAACGCCCGACCCGCCCUCGCUCCCCACCUCCAUCCCCUAUUUUGUACAGCAAAGCGUUAUCCUUACGAACACAAAGCGCACGUGUUCCGGAGAAUGAUUGAUGUUUACGUACGAGUACUCCUCGGCAAUAUUAUUGUUACCAUCUAUGUAUAUGGUAUAUCCAACCAUAUUCAUAGCAAUCGCGUCCAUGACAAUUCGUUCCGUUUUCCGAUUUCUAUGCUCCACGUGGCGCCCAAGAUCGAAAAAACAUGCAACACAUAUUGCAGCCCGGUACCUACCGGUCACAAAUACAACAAUAGGAAUAAAAAUCAAAUUAAAUGCUGUUGAAGCUUACUGAACUACUGUAACGGUUAUGGAUUGCGUUUUGAUAUACAACUGAAACGAAUACGUCCUCACUAUUCUUGCGAUAUCCAUCGAUUUCCUAAUAACUCAUUCAUUUAUAUACAUAUUUCAUUUGGCGUAUAGAAUGGCUGGAUUUAAAUGUUUUGAUAUUUAUGUACCUGAAUUAUAUGUAUAUGUUUACGUGAAAUGUAUUACAAUUUGUUGAAUUGAUUAAUCGCGAAAUGUUACUGAAAUUAUUUUAAAUUUUUGUUUUACGUUAUUAUGCACAUUGUUAUCUAUGCACAUUGUGCGUCAUUAAGUUUAAUGUUCUGUUGUAUUAUAACUAAAUACUGUUUUAUCAACAAUUUUACCACGAAUUAACUUGAAA